AUGAAUACAAAGAUGAUGAUGAUGAGCUACUUUUGCGGCAUGCUACUUUUAAUCUUCGCUCUUGCAUCUCUGGCAGCAGGAGAGGACAACCCUUUGUUGGAGUUACUAUCAAAUAGAGAUGAAGUGGUGCACAUCGCUGGCUAUGGAGAGGAGAAGCUAUCCACAGUCCUCAUUACAGGCUCAGUUCAUUGUGAGGCACCUCACCAGCCUCAUGCAUGGCCACUACAAGGAGUUUGGGUUGGUGUGAAGUGCCACAGCCAUGGGAGGAAGUGGAAGUGGAAGUCCUCAAUGGUAGCAAGAGGUGAAAGUGAUGAGUUUGGAGAGUUCAUAGUGGAGCUCCCUUCCCACCUCCAUGCUAUUCCUAACUUGGAAAAGGUAUGUUCAGUAAAAAUUCAUCGGAUUCCAGAGGCAUCAUGUCGGCCAGGUCGUGUGAAGAAACCAAAGGGACUUAGCCUCUCUUCCUUUGGCAAUGGCAUCCGCACCUACAAUGCGGGAAACAUAAGGAUCCAGCAUGCAACUUAA